AUGCCUUUCGCUCUCACGAGUUUCUUUCCGAAUCCGGCUGAUAUGCCGAAGCUGAAGGCAAUCUUCUUUGCUGAAUUUGAUGCCGAAAAAGGACCAGUUAUAAGAUUUCAGGUGCCAGAAGUGAUAUUUGAUGCGAAGAAAUUCGAUACGUUCUCUAGUGCAAUAAUCCCGAAAUCUGAAUUAUUUCAACGACUCAUUAAAGUGAAUCAUAUUGAAAAUACGGAUGGAAAGAUUUACAAAGUGAUGGGACAUCCGGUCGGAAUUGAAGCUGACAUUUAUCCACGCGGACGAUACAUAUUUAAUUUAUGUUUCGUGGUCGAUAAAAGCAGUAAGGUUGACUGCCUGUAUGAGCCAAUGGUACAGAAGUGUGCUGCGUAUUUGACACAACUUGAAACGGAAAAUCAAUUUUUGUCGAAAUGUAAGCACAGAAUGCCGCAGUUGAUGCAAAACAUCUUCGACGGCCUUAACACACAAGGUGAAUGCAAAAUCCCGGUCACCGAUGGUGCCACAAUUUAUUUGAAGUUGUGUCCAUCAUUUCAUGGAAUCGAACCACCGAAAGUAAGUCCUUACAUGGUACCAAUGUUCACACGUGUACCACCUCCUAAGACGCCUGAUCACCUACCAAAAAUGGAUGUCCUCUCUCAGAAGAUCUGUCCGAAAAUUGAUGGUGUUCGUUGUAUAAAAGAUAUCGCUCUGUUGGUUCAGAUAGACUCAGAUUUAGUGGCGAGAUGUGUUCGUAAUUUACAUUUUUAUGGAUGCGUUACUCUGUUACCGCUUUUUAUGUAUUCGAAUAGUUAUGUGGCCAAAGAACAAUUACAUCAGUUCUACUUAAACGCAGAUGCCAUUCAGGAAUGUUUGGAGUUCGUUGGACCACGCAAUAAAGAAGGACAUGCAGUCACUCCGAAACCACUUUUCUCAGACGUCUUUAGACUUUACACUAGUUUACGGAUAGGUAUCACAAUGAAGGAAUGGUGUGAACGUCAGUCACCUCGGCAAUAUAAUGUAGACGAAAGACGAUUCGUUCAGUUCGGUGUGUUUCACGGGUUUGUUCGAAAGCUUAGCAUCUAUCCUGUGGCGUUGAGACAAGGCGAUAACAGAAGGAUAGCCAAAUUAUGUGAUGGUUCGCGGUCAUUAGAGGAUCUUGCAGUUAUCUACACAAUAUCACCACUGAAACUUCAUACACUCCUUCAGAAUGAUACGAAUUUUGUUUUUAUUUCUAAAUGA